CGCAGCGGGCGGCCAUGUUGGAGCAUCGGAGGCGGCGCAGAGGCGCGUCCUGGGUCCCCGCGGCGGCGCCGGUAGGUUGGAGCCGCAGGCCUAGCCGCGACGCGGAGUGGCGGCCUGUGAGGCGGCAGGGCGGAGGGGCCGGGCGGCUGACUUUCCGAACCCGCGUUCUCCGCCGGUUUGGCCCAGACCCCCGCCCCUCCCCCAUUCAGCGACCCCACCCUGGGGCUGCACGGUAGGGGUCGAGCUAGGACGGCCCACCCCACACAUUUUGCUGCCGCUGUGACCCCCGCCUCCCCUCUGCCGUUCGGGCCCCAGGGACGCGGACUCCCAGCCAGAGGGCCCCGAUAUGCCCCCUGACCCCAUUUCACUUGGCUGGCGCCUCGCCCGACCCCAUCUUCGGUCAACUUCCCCUGCUGGCCCCAGAGGUGCCAAGUGCUGAUUUGCGGAUACCUAGGCAGAUCUGCAGUGCCUAAUGCCAUGAGUGUGGUGGUGCAGCAUGUGGAGGAAAAAGCUGUGCACUCCUGGUCUCGCAUCUCCACAGCAGGGAAGAAGGCCCUGGAAGAGGCGUUGCUUGUCUUUAACCCUAUGAGCCAGGAUCUCAGUGCCACAGAGGCCCAGCUUGUGGCCUUCCUACAGGGCCUGCGAGAUGAUGGCUUCCAACCUACCAUUCUGCGCAGUGGUGAUGUCUAUGGGUAUAGUUCAUGUACAGCCAACCCUCCAAGCCAGACGAAACUACAAGCUCGUGCCCCCAUCCCAGCUACCACGUCACCUCCAGCCAGUGCUCCCCGAACUGCCAUGCAGCUGCCCUCAGGCAGGGCCACACUGCUCCCCAUGCCACUGUCUGGCAGGCUGGCCAAAGGGUCCACACCAGCCCUCGCCAAACACGCUACCACCAACCUGCUGCUGAGUUCCCUGAAGCAGUCAAGUGCCAGCCGUGCCAAAGGUGCAACAGUGGGCUUCCCUGCUCACCUGUAUCCAGGUGUCUACCCUGCCAUGCGGCUUUCUGUUGUCCUUGAGGCUCUGGUUCCAUUCAAGACUCCCGUGCCUUGCUUAGGUGCCAAGGCACAGUCACUAAAACUUUCACUUGGGGACUCUCCCCUGAAACUACGAAAAGGUUCAGGGAAGGGUCCAGGGAACCCCCGGCCCAAAGCUCCCAGAAAAACCACAAACAAGGGCCCUAAGUGUAUGACUCCCAAAGGCCCUGGGUCUGGAUCCCAACAAGGAACUGGGCUCCAGAGCAAGACCUGUAGAACCACUGGUUCCCUCAGUGGCCUGCAAAUGAAAGGGCAGUCUGCCCUGAGCACCAAAUCAGCCCAGGCCAAGGCAGCUCGAACACUAACCAAAGCUGCCUGUGCCCAUGCCAGUGUGGUUCGAACGCAGGCCAAGGCAACCAAAGCCAAGGCAGCACAGGUCAAGGCUAAGGCCAAGGCAGUGCGGGCCAGGGCCAAGGCCAAGGUGGCUCGGACACAGCCCAAGGGCAGGGGCAGGCCAAAGGGAUCUGCUCAAUCCAGGACUGCAAGGAAGGGCCAGAAAAGCCACUCUGAGACUGUGGGGCAGAAGAGGAAAAGGGCUGAGGAAGCAAAGGACCUUCCUCCCAAGAAGAGAACACGGCGUGGGCCCCAAUCUCCUAAGGCAUGGCUGGGACCAGGAACAGCAAAACUACUAAAGUUCCAGGCCAUAAAGGUAGACAGGCAGUCCUCAGAUGAUGAGGUUCGACAGCGAGCCCAGCAGAUACUCCGUGUGAACCUGUCUCCUAUAAUAUGGCUCCAGCCAUUGCUGCCAUACUCAACAGCCUGAUUCCUUCAUACAGCAAUGUUUGAGAAAACAGCCCAACUUUGUGUGUGGCCAGUGGCACAGUGUGCCAUGCCUGUGGACUCUGCAACCUUGAGGAUUCUGGGUACCUCAUCAGGGCCCCAGCGACUGCCAGUCUCCUUUCAGAAACUGGAGGAUUUGUGGUGGGGUGGGUGGUGGGAGGGGUGUUCUUAUGGUGCAAUGCACUGUACUUGUUCUUCAAGUUGUAUGUCCACUGUUCCAUCUAUCACGUUUUAUACCUUUCCACCUUCUAGUCUUCCUGCCCACCCUCCAUGGUAUUUUUUUGUGUGUGUGGCUGCUGGCAAACCAGCUUGAGCAUAUAGGGAACGUAGUCUCAGGACUGUCAGAGAGGGUCCUAAAAGUAGCCUGAACCAGGUCAUCAAUUUGAGUGAUAAGGUGGGAUGGCAGAAGGGGAAGCUCCUAGGCCCCUCUGGAAAGAUGAGUGAGAACUUGGGUACUGACUUCUGUGGGUAUGUGGGAGACAUCCCAUGGGUGCAAGGGUAAAGCCACCGUGAGGUAGGACACCUCACCUUGAGGCUGCCCCAGAUUUUAUCCAGUCAGACCCCAUAUAGUGGGACUGGGCAACUCAGUGGGGAACCUUGCAGCUAGCAGUAUUUUAGGCCAGGGAAGGGAGACUGGUGGCCAAGCAGACAGCCUGGCUUUGUCUGGGAUAGAGUCAGACUUAAAGGGGUUGAGGUGCCUCUCCUGAGAAUAUACUAACCUCUGUUUCUCCAGUUGGUGGCAAAGGACUGGGCAUUGAAUUAGGAUCAUAGAGCCUGCCUUCACUGACCAAAGAAUUUUUGUAGUGUAUCUGUGUUAGUGUUGUGAGGAGAGUUUCCACCUCUGCCUCAUCGGCAGUGCUUUCCAAAUGCUCUGUUUACUCCCAGGUGCAGUUUCGCCUCCUAACACAGACCUGUAUGUUUCAGGCAUUAUUGGCAUAUCCUGCUUUAGAGAAAGGACUGGGCCUUGAAUGGAACCAGGUGCCCUGCCCAUCUCUGUGGUCCAUCACUGUUUGAUGAGGCUGAAUGGCAGUGCCUGGGGCCAUAGAGAGGGAGACACAUUUGCCCAGAGGUUCCUGGGGACAGCCUUUUAGGGCUUGCGGGGAGAGGAGAGUAUUGUUUGAACGAGAGUCAGAUCAUUUCUAUCUGUGGUUUGUCUGGGCCUCACUAUUGCCAAUUGCCCUGAAUGAUGGACCUGUGGAGAAGCUCUGGGUGCUCCCCUCCCCCUUUCUUCUGCUUCUGGAUACUGCUAUGUAAUUAACGAUUAACAUCCUUCCCCUGGGUGUAUUGUCCUCUCUUGGUUCCCCAAGCUCUGAGGACAUAUUUAAACAACUGUGCUAUAAUCCUACAAUCCUGCAUGCUACUUAACCCCGAUGGGUUCUGCUUUCAGUGUGAGUAUGCAGUGUGAGUAUGGGCUACACACUACUUCUUCAAGUGUAGCCCAGUUUGGGACCCACUGUAUUCUCCCUUAGGCCUGAUUCCAGCUCCCACCAGGCAGGACUCCCAGUAGGGUUGGGCCCCUUCUUCCAGUUCUGCUGCUGCCACCAGUGGGUGAGGGAUUGGUUGUUUGCAAGAGAGCCAACCAGAAGGGGAGGAGGCAUCUGACCUCCUGAUGGGGUAGGGUGAGGUAGGGGUAUCUCAGAUCUCUACUUAAGACUACCCCUCCCCGUCCCAGUUCCUAGAUCA